GGUGACGCUGACAACGCGGAAGUGUGUUGUCAACAGUAACGCAGGAAGCCGCAGAAACUGUCCUCAGUCAGACACGAUGACCGACACCGGCGAUAUCAGAUACUGUCACAGAUUCUCCUAUUUGGUCCUCAAAUUCACGCUGUUCGCCUAUGCCAUCGGCUGGUGGCUGAUAGGGGGCUUCAUCUUGGCCAUUGGCAUCUAUGCUGAGGUGGAGAGACAACGCUACAAGACUCUGGAGGGCAUAUUUUUGGCCCCAGCUUUAAUCCUUAUCCUUCUGGGAAUUACCAUGUUUAUAGUUUCAUUUAUCGGGGUCUUGGCUUCACUAAGGGACAAUCUGACCCUGCUGAAAGUGUUCAUGUACACGUUGGCUGUGUGUCUGAUCCUGGAGCUGCUGGGAGGAAUAGUGGCGCUGGUGUUUCGCAACCAGACGUUGGAGUUACUGAACAAGAACAUUAGACGAGGCAUAGUCAACUACUAUGAUGACCUGGACUUCAAAAACAUCAUGGACUUCGUACAAAAGAAGUUUCAAUGUUGUGGAGGUGAAGAGUAUAAAGACUGGGGGUUCAACAUGUACCACAACUGUACUGGGGGUGGUCCACUGUCCUGCGGUGUCCCUCAUACCUGCUGCGUUACUACUGAGCCAAAUGAAGUUGCCAACACUCUGUGUGGGUACCAGGUGUUAAUGAAAGAGCGUUUGGAUUUGAUUGACACCAUCUAUAUCAGAGGCUGCACUGAUGCUUUCUUUAUCUGGCUGAUGGAUAACUAUAAGGUUAUGGCUGGACUGCUACUAGGGAUCCUACUGCCACAGUUCUUUGGUGUGAUAGUCAGCUGGCUGUACAUCACUCGUGUAGAAGAUGCCAUCAGUGAGUGCAGUCACCACACUGACGGACUACUGAACUCAAAUGCAGAACAUAGAGGAGCCAAGAGCCAGGGUCACAUGGCCAAAUGGUUUCUAUGUAUGCCAGAGACCGACUGAUGGACACACACACACACACCCCACAUCUAAUGGACUACAACCAUCACUUACAGUUGGUUAAAUCGCUGCAGUCAAUUCAGAUACUGCUGCAGCCACUGUAGGCGCCUGCCUCUAAAGUGCAGGUUUAUUAUCAUCAUUCAAUCAACCAAUUCAAGUGUUUUUUAUUGUUGUGGGAAUAAUAUGGUUUUUUUGCAGCCAAAUUAAAUAGAGGUUGAUGUUGAAGUGUUCUUAUUUAUGGUUUACGUACUGUGUGCGUCCGAAACAGUAAUGUUUGCAAGGUCCCCUGUGUAAUCAAUAAUUCCUUAUUGUGUUGACAUGCCAUGUGCUGAUGCACAAGAGGGAAAGAAGAGCUCAUUUAGACAUGGGCUUUUAGCUAAUAUGUGCCUCCACCUGUCUCAGGGAUGAACACAAACACUUUAAUUGUAAGAAGAACCGGAGACACUGUUUCAUUUAAACAUUUGUGCCAGUAGAAUCGAUAUUUCCUCAACCCUGUGUAUCUCCCUGUGACCACAAGUGCUCACUAAAUCUCCAAGAUGAGUCCAGGACAUACAAGUGUUGUAUCGAAAUCUCAGAAUUAUUACAGACAUUUUCACUUUUCAAAACUUAAUUUAAACCUGAAUCAACCAUUCGUCUGUUCCUCAAGAGUGUUUUUACUGUUGAAAUGAGAAAAUGGUAAGUAGGCCGAGCUGCGCGGAGUGAGAGAGUCUGCUUAUCAGACAGAUUUUAUGCUUCAUGAUGAUUUUAUCGAUGAGUUAUAAUGCAGCAACAAGCUGAUAUCUCAUUCUUAUUGUUCAUUACAGCAGGCCUGUCUCAUCCAAACUUUUGUUUAUGUUCCUUUAAUUAGCAGCAGAAAAUAGAUCUGUGAGGACAUGUCAUUGAUUUAUAUUUAAUCACUACGACAGAAAAGGUACAAAUCUGCAAAGUUCAAUUUAAAAAAAAAAAAUGAAAUGUGUCUUCUUUGAAAACAGUGUCUGUGCCCUCUGAUCAUCCAGUGGCCAUACAACAACUUUUCACCAUUCUCACUACAAAUACAUUUCUGAACAUAAACAAAGUAGCAGUUACAUUGACCUUAACAACACAUUUUAGAUUUCCCUUAAAAACAUCCCUCAGUUUAAAAUCCAGUGUGUUUGAAUGGUGGCAUACAUGCUUUUGUUAUAAUCACAAGUACAAAUGUAAUGAUUUUGUGAACUCUGUCGGUUUGAUGUGAAGUUUGAACCUGAAACUAAAAAGCCUGAUCUUUGUUGAAGUGAAUUUCUUCUUAUUAAAAUGCCUUUGUGUCUUUAUGUAACUUUAGACAAAAUGAUUUUGUUUUGUACUUGCUUAAUGAAAAACAAGACAUCCCACAUUCAGCUGCCUCGCUUUAGACCACCUUAAAGUAAAACUAUUAAUGGUCAAACUAUUUCACCUGUUUUUGGUUUUUAUCUUGAAUUCUCUGACCCUGCUCUGAUAAAAUUUUGAAUAUUUACAUGUCCUUAAGAGUAAACAGUUACAUUUUGUGUAGAUAUACCGCACUGUAUAAAACUGUUGUACCAAACAAAGUCCAAACUUGUCUUUUUUGCAGUGUACAGCACAGAUGAGUGGUCUCAUGAAUGUGGUUAAAGACAUAACGACCUAAAUGAUGACCUUUAUGUUAAUAUUAUCACCAGAGUGUAUGAUAACAGCGUCCACUGGAGACUGAAUCCUCAGACUUUAAAGUUUAGUAUCAUCUUCAGUCAUUUAAUCGAAAAUUACUCAUUAAUUGAGAUCGUUUGCCUGGCGAGGUUGGAGAAUAAGCUUCUUCUUUUUUCUCUUUGACUUGACUGUUGUCUGAAUAAAUCCUCAUGUAAAAGGGGUAUUUGGGGGUUGGGGGCUGUUAAAUAAAUGAUGACUGUUA